GCGCUAUAAUGCGAUGUUAUUUAUACACGUGUUAAGAAAUAGAAGUGUGACGUGUACAAAAUAAUCGUGUAUAAAAAUGGACUUUAUUAACGACGUUCCAACACUCCAUGAGCAUUGAAAUUAGAAUAGUGGUUUUAAAAGGAAAGUUGAAUGCAACAGUAGCGGUCAAAGAUAGGUGGGAAGCUUCUGACACAGAAAGUAACAUCCAGAUUGGGGUGCUGGCAUCUGUAUCAUCCACAACCACAAUGACGAUUAUCACCAGUCUACGCAUCUUCCACAUUGUUGCUCUUUUACUGUUCAUUACCUCCUGCUACUUCUGCGUCCAAGGAGAUGGUGCAGAUAGACAGACUUCAGUGAUUGCAGUGGCAACAGAUGAGACAAAUGAGGACUCUGAUGGAAUGAUUGAAGAGGAAAUAGACCUAGAAGAUCUUGAUGUCUUUGUACCAACCGACCAAUGGCAGCCAGUCAAAGCAGGCCAGGCCAUACCAGCUGGCUUACAUGUGCAGAUCAGUCUCAAAACUGGAGAGAAGAUGGCCAAGCUGAUGGAUGGCGAUGACGGGGAACGAUAUCGGAAGAAAACCAGUGCCAAGAAUGACGAGGGAGAUGCCAAGAGAGGAGAAACCAAUGAGGCAAGGGAUCAGUUCUCCCACAAGGAGCUGAAGGACGCCCUCAAGAAGUUCAAAGCAGAGCAGGAUGAUGUUCAAGAUCAGAAGAGGAUUGAUCAAAUCAGGCAGAAGUUCCGCUCCAUGGACGAGCUGAAGAAGGAUUUUGAGGAGAUGCAGCUGAACAUGGAGACAGAUGUAGAGAUAAUGAGACGGCUAGUGGAGAAAUACCAGCAAGAAGGAGCCAGUCUGGAGGAACAAGAGGCAGCCUUGUAUGACCUAGAGUUUUAUGCUCACCAGAUUGACAAUGCCCAAGAUUUGAUUACCAUCGGUGGCUUUGACCUGAUCAUCAGAGCGCUCAACGAUACAAGGGAUGCAAUCCGUAAACAGGCUGCAUUUGUCUUGGGAUCGGCAGUGCAGAGCAAUCCAAAGGUGCAGGUGGAGGCGAUUGAGCGUGGUGCUAUCCAGAAGCUUCUUCAACUUCUCUCCAUUUCUCAGCCUCGUGAUAUCCGCAAGAAGGCCAUGUAUGCCAUCUCCUCCUUAAUCCGUCAUUUCCCUUAUGCCCAACUCAAGUUCCUGCAGUUAGGAGGUCUGGACAGCUUCCUGACGCUGUUCAGGGAGGCAGAUCCGGGGGUACUUCAGCUCCAAGUCAAGGCUGUAACGCUCUUACAUGAUUUGCUUCUGGAACAGAAACUUGUGACAGAGGAACCAGGCAGUGGAGACAAAGUUAAACAGCAAAGAAUUCAACAAUACAAACAGGUCAAGCUUCUUCCACAGAUGAUGAAGCAAGGUUGGUGUGAGAUCAUUCCGUCCCUGCUCCAAGCACCAGAGCACGACAUCCGAGAGAAGGUGCUUCUAGCCAUGCAACUCCUGCUAGACCAGUGUCAGAUGAACUAUCACAAAGACAAACAGCUGAUUGGACGAUUGUCAGAAUUGAAAACAGAGUACGAAACACAUGCCCUGGAGGAGAAGGCUGAAUCAGGUGGUGCAGAGGACUACUUCUCUCAUCUGUCAAAUUUGGUCGCCGACAUCUUGGGUCAGCUGUCACUCUCCACUUAAAGCUAAAAGACUCAAGACGGGGAAAAUGACGAUCAGCUCUAAGGGAGAUUGCCACUUGAGGAGCAGAUUGCUGACUGUGACUUGGAAGACAAACCUUAUCCAUCUUAACAUGAUUGCAGAUAAUCAAGUUAACUGAUGCUGUCGUCAAAGAUGACUGAAAUGAGUGUUACAGGAGGAGCAGGUGAAAUGGGAAAGACGAAGUUGAGAGGACCGAGACACCCUUGGGUUGGGUGUCACUUUCCUCCUGAUAACCAUCAGAGACCAUGGCAAUACUUUGCUUCAGCUCAGAAAUCAGUAACCAGCAUUUCUGAUUAUUUUCAGGUAGAAAUCUAAGAUGAGCUACUCUCGGGAACAUUCAGAAUUUUUUGUUUUCAAGGUAUUGUUUUAGACCUUAUUGAUGAUGUCACUUCAUCAGGCUCAGACAAGAGACAUCAUUUGAUUUAUACUAAAAUUGGGUCCAUAAUGAAAAGGAAACUGCCUUGGACAAUGUUAGAAAACCAGAUGUGGGAGGCACAUUGGAAAUUCAAUUUCACAUUCUGGUAAAAAAGCCACAAUAUUAUACAUAACACGGUGUCCAAAUUAUUUUGCAAAAGAAUUUAGGAAUGAAAUUACCUGAAGUUGAACCUGCAGAGGGUUACCCAUGCGUUUUUAAUUUUCAUUUAACCAAGCGUUUGUUGAAAAAUUAAAAUAUGCAGGGGGCUAGCCUCGAAUUUCAGUUAAUGUUGAGAGCGUUUGUUUUUCUAAUUUAUAAUAACACCCCAAAUUAGUAAGCCUUUUGUAUUAAGUAUUUUUCAGAAAAUAUGGGGUUUAUUGAGAUAUAAACAUCACCAUGGGUUUGACUCGUGUUUUUAUAAAUUUUCAGAAACUUUUGGGUAUAUUGGAAAAUAUGAGGAAAGGAACAGGUUAUUUUGAAAAUAAAUCAUCUUUGCAAAUAUUAAA